GAAUAAAACAGGAAAAAACAAGUGGCACGCUUCCCAUAGCCUCGGUUUUGAAAAAUAUGUCCUAUAUAACAAGCAUACACAUGGGCUCCUUCUCAACCCCUCACCACUUGUUGGAUUCACUCUGUCUUGUUUAGCUACCAGGAAAGAAGAGAAAAGCUGUUGACGUUUUUGUUUUCGCUUAGAUUUAGAGAUGGUGACCGGGAGUAGCUCCACCGUUAGCGGUGGUGAAGGAGCGGCGGAGACGAAGCCGAAAGAGAUCAGGUUGUUUGGGGUCAGAGUGGUGGUUGAUAACUUUAGGAGGAAUGUAAGUUUGAAUAAUGUAACCGAGUAUCAGUAUUACAAGGAGAUGACGCCUAAUACGAACAAUGAUAAUAAUAAUGAGGAGGAGGAUGCUGGUGCUGCUGUUUCUGGUUAUAUGUCUGCAGAUGACACCGUUCACCGCUCUUCUCCUGCCUCUGGAAGACGUAGUGAAAGAAAGCGAGGAGUGCCAUGGACAGAGGAGGAGCACAGGAGAUUCCUUUUUGGAUUGCAGAAAGUGGGAAAAGGAGAUUGGAGAGGAAUUUCUCGCAAUUUUGUCAAGACUCGAAAUCCAACUCAGGUUGCUAGUCAUGCUCAGAAGCAUUUUCUCCGCCUCAAUAAUGUCAAUCGCCGCCGCCGCCGGACUAGUCUCUUUGAUAUCACCGCCGAUACGUUGACUUCAUUGCCAAAGGAAGAGCAGCAAGCUCAUCGCCAGGACAGCAAUAUCAACAACCACGCAUCUCCGUCAAAUCCACUGCCACCUCCACCACUGCAAGCCAACAGCAUCACCAAUUUCUCUGGGGUGCCGUCGAUCCCUAUAAGAACUGUCAACCCCUCUGUGCUGCCUCUCCAAAUUGAGAACCCAAUGAUGGAGAGCCAAUCACUUGGACAAGGCCAUCAAUUCAUUAACCACUCAACAAAUCUAGUCCGCCCAGUUGCCGUCGUUCCAGCUGUUUGUACUCCAGCAAUGCCUGAUCUUAACUUAAAUCUGAAGCCAACUGCUGAUUCAUCAUCACUGUCCCUCAAACUGUCUUCACCAUUUGUUCAGAGGGAAUCAACAUCAAGGUCUUCAGCUUUCCAGGCGAUGUCAAGUAUGAAAAAUGGGGAUAACACCAUCACUGUUGCUUGAGGAAGGAUAACAAGGGAGGGCUGGUUCAUAAUUAAUCAGAAGAAAUAGGGUAGAUAAGAUAAGGUUAAAUUAGGUGACUGAGAUUUUUAUCUUUUGCUAAUGUACAGACCUGAAAAGGAGUAGGUUAUUUUGUUGGUUUAUGCUAUUAUUAUCUUUUGGAUAGAUUCCUCUUGGUUCUGUGACUGUUUUUAGCUAGUACGAGCUUGACAUGACUGGAAAUAAAUAAGCCAGCACUUCUGUUCA